AUGUCAUCAACGAUUGUAUCAUCAAUUGGUAGUAAUUCAUUUACUAAAGUAUUUAGUAGUAGUGGUAGUGAUGCAGUUGGAGGAUUAAUUUUAUUAGAAGAUAGUUUAGAAUCAUCAUCUCAACAUUUAUUAAAUCAUUUAUAUUCUUUAUGGUUACCAACAAUAUCAAAACAACAUAGAAAUAUUUGGUUUUUAAAUUUUAGUUCAACCAUUUCUGAAUAUAAACAAUUAUCAAAAAAAUAUAAUAAUUGUAAUUUUAUAGUUAUUGAUUAUUAUUCAGAUUCAUUUGGUUGGAAUAAUAAUAAUAAUAAUAAUAGUAAUAAUAAUAAUAUAACAGAGAAUUUACAACAAAUUCCAAUGAUUUUUAAAUCUGUAAAACAUGAUUCAGCUUCAAUUAUUAAAGAUAUUCAAAAUGUUUAUAAUUGUGUACCAAAUAAAUUUAAAGAAAAUCCAAUAAUUUUAAUAAAUUCAAUAUCAACAUUAAUUUUAAAGAGUGGAUUAUCAGAUACAUGUAAUUUAAUUAGAUCAUUAACAAAUUAUAAUUUUAAUAAAGUAAAGCAAGAUAAAGAGAAACAAGAAAAGGAACAAAAAGAACAACAAGAUAAUAAUAAUAAUAAUAAUAAAAAAAAGAUUGAAAAAAUUAAUAAAAUUGAAACAGGUAUUGAAGGUAGUGUUAGUAAUAGAAUAAAGAUGGAGAAAUCAUUUAGUUGUAUAUUUGCAAUCUUACAUACAGAUUUACAUGAAUAUGAACAAUCCGUUCAAAAACAAUUACAAUAUAUAUCAUCAGUUUCAAUUCAAGUUACACCAUUAUCAGCCAAAUUAAAAUAUUCAGAAUCUUUACCACAUCCAUACGAAUCAACAAUUACAUUGAUCACUAAAAAACGUUCAGGCAGAGUCGUUAGAAAUGUAGAAUACUAUUAUAUAAAUAAUGCCACUGGUAAGGUUGAAUUUGAUUCUGCUGAAUCAUUACAAACCAAACAAGAGGAACAAGAACCUGAUCCAACUCAAAAUUUAUCAUUUAAUCUUAAAUUAACUGAAGAUGAAAAACAAGCUAGAGAUUCUGUAGUUUUACCAUAUAGACAUCAAGGUAAUAAUAAUGAACAAACUUUAUUAAUUGAAGAUCCAGAUGAUGAAGAUUUUGAUGAUGAAGAUCCUGAUGAUGAUUUAGAUAUUUAA